GCUACAACAAAAGGGCUAGAAACAAAGAAUUAAUGAAAGCCCCACAUAUCAAUAAAACUUAAAAGACAAGAGACCAGAAUCCCUUCUCUCUUUCUCUCUCUUUCUCUCUCUACCCACCAAACCAUCUUUAAGGACUGCCUCUGCCAUUGAUUGCUUUUCUCAUAUGAAGACAGUGAGCAUGGCAAGGACCUUGCAAGACUCUUCCUCCAAGAGACACUUCCACUGGACAAACAAGGUUGGUACUGAAGAUGAUGAUCAUGUAGCGCUUCCAAGCUUCAAGUCCUCAUCCUCCUCAAAAACAACUGAUCACGAGGAAGAGAAGAACACAGAGCAUGAUCAUCAUCCCAAACCACAACAUGGCCAUGUGGCUGCAGCAGCGGCAGCUCAUCAACUUCCAAGGAGGAAACUUCAGGCAGCUGCAGUGUCCAGGCUCCGUUCGGUUCUCACCGCCUUCGGUAAGAACCGUUCGAGCCUACCACUCGGGCUUGGACCCCGAGUGGUAGGCACCCUUUUCGGCUCUAGGCGUGGUCAUGUACAUUUUGCAUUCCAGAGGGACCCAAAUUCACAACCAGCCUUUUUGAUCGAGCUUGCCACUCCAAUCAGUGGGUUGGUUCGAGAAAUGGCAUCUGGGCUCGUUAGAAUUGCCUUGGAGUGUGACAAAGACAAAGAAGAAAUGAAAAAGAAAGACAAAGCUCUGAGGCUGCUAGAAGAGCCUGUGUGGAGAACAUUUUGCAACGGCAAGAAGUAUGGUUUUGCAAGCAGAAGAGAAUGUGGGCCCAAGGAGUGGAAGGUGCUGAAAGCUGUGGAGCCAAUUUCAAUGGGGGCGGGUGUUUUGCCAGCUGCUGCAGGGAAUGAAGCUGAAGAUGGGUCCGAUGGUGAACUCAUGUACAUGAGGGCCAAGUUUGAGAGAGUUGUUGGAUCCAGAGACUCUGAGGCCUUCUACAUGAUGAACCCUGAUAGCAAUGGAGCUCCUGAACUCAGUAUCUAUUUGCUUCGAGUCUAAUUCCACUAUGUGCUUCCAUUUUUGAAGAGUAAGCUGAUGGGGAUACUUGUUUUGCUCUUCAAUUUAGGAAUUGGAGGCCUAGUUCUCUCCAAGUAGUUUUCUUUGUUCUUUUUUCUAUUUAUUUUUAUUUUCUGUUUUGGUAUAUUUGGAGAAAAUGGUUUAGUGGGCUUAAUGUAUUUUCAUAUUUUGUUAGUUUAGGGUGGGGGGCAAUACACAUGAUGGUAGGUGGGGGGGUCAUGAAGGUGUAUAUGUAUAGCUUUUUCCAAUCCUUAAUUAAGUGAUGAUGAGACAAGGAUGCUAAUGCAAUCAUGAUUGUGUCCUCUUUGCA